AUGGGCUGGGGAGGAUACAUGACGCUGGUCAACGGCUCGCCGUUUGACUGGACUGUGACAGGAUCGCACUCAUAUCAAAUGUCCACUUGGAAUUGGCCUACCAUCAGCGCAGGCAAGUCAAGCAAAGUCUACGUCGAGUAUGCCAUAAAAGGCUCCACUGGCGACGACGCUGGCGAGGCAUAUUACAAGCUUGCUGGAACCUCGAACACCUUCCAAAUACAAGCGAAAAAGCUUUCUGAUUACCAUCUCUACGUCACUUUAGACGGGAUGUCGACUAAAACAAAUCCGCAAGGGUCCGUAAUCGAUCAAGGCUUCAGACACAAUUCUGCUGUCAAUUGGAUUAUGUCCACCGACGAAAGUGGUGCGAUUUGGUCAAAUGGUGCACCUCCGAUCGACUGGAUGCAACAGAGCUUAGGAUCGAUAGGCAAUCGGACCUUAAGACACAUCUGCAUGCCAGGCUCUCAUGAUGCGGGUAUGAGCUCCUACAGCCCUGGAACGGUUGGCGCGAACUUUGAGAACACCCAAGCCCAGUACUUGGACAUGUACAACCAAUUGCUCUACGGAUCCCGAUUCUUCGACCUAAGGCCUGUAAUUUCCGAUGGAAACUUUGUCUCGGGGCACUAUUCGGAAGUGGAAAGCGUUUGGGUCGGCGGAAAUGGGCAGUCUUUGGCGGAUAUAAUCAGCGCUGUGAACAAAUUCACGGCUCAGUAUCAUGAAAUGAUUAUCAUAAACCUCUCUCACACUCUAAACACCGACUCCAAUUACGCCGACUUAACCCAAGCCGAAUGGAACAGGCUCUGGGACCAGCUGAAAGGAAUCAACAACCUUGUCCUCGACCCCAACCCCGGCAACACCGACUACACCACCAAAGUCCUCAACGACUUCAUCGGCAACAGCCCGUCCGUAUUCGUCAUCAACCAGCUCCCCAACGGCAUCUCCCUCGGCAACUACGCCACGCAGGGCUUCUUCAGUAGCGCCAACUUCCCCAUGUUCGACUCGUACUCCGACUCCAACUCAGCCGCCACCAUGGAAGCCGACCAGCUGCAGAAGGUCAAGGACAACCGCAACAUCGUCGCCGACGACGGCGCGCGCAAGGACACGUUCCACCUGCUCUCGUGGACCCUCACACAGCAGGCCGAGGACGUGCUGAACUUCGACAAGGCCAUCAUGAACCUCGCCGUGAGCGUGUACGACGACCUCUUCGACAAGGCGUACAACGCCUUCACGCCCGAGUCGUUCCCGAACGUGCUGUACAUGGACGCGUACGCGAUCCGCGACAAGUGCGUCGUGCUGCCGUACGACAAGCCGGCGACGGUGAGCGCGUACCCGGACGUGUAUGCGCUGGCGAUGGCGGUGAACAACGGGAUUGCGGGGCGGAAUCCGUAUAUCACGGGUGGGGGGAGUUGA